AUGCUUUCACCUGAGGGAGAUACUCUGUAUUCCAUUUGUUCGGAUCACAGGUCUUGUGAAGUGACCGUUUUAAGAUUGUCGAAUCAAAAAAUUUUAACGCCGAAGAAGUAUUUCCUUGUUCCGUCUCUGUUUCUUCUCCCUGUGAAAGAAGGCGUUGUACUUAGUAUGGGGAAUGGAGUACCAGAGCUGUGGAAUUUUGAAUUGACCAGACGUAUUCGACCUCUUCCCAAAUUGAGUGGCUACGAAAGGCUUUCUCGUGUAUCACAUGAACUCAUAGCUUGUCAAGGGCAUAGCCGUUAUUUAACGGAAAAGGAGGUUACAAGCCAAUAUCCGUUAUUUGAAGGAACCCACCUUCCGGAAUUGGGAGUUUCGUGUUCACCAGUGGACACUGAAACACCUUCGGGUGUGCAUGAUUCAACAGAAAUUUCAGAUAAUGCAAUUUCACCCAACUCAUUUGAUUUUGCACUGAUGCAACUGUGUUUUCCUCUUUUAAGCUUAACCGCCGAUAGAAUGCUUGAAGUGGACAUCUUCAACGUUACCACUCAGGAGUUUAUCUUUUCUGGGAAAACAAAGGUUUCUCAUGACGUUGUUAUUAAAUUUGUUUGCUGCAAUAUUCGGGGUGAGUUUCUCGUCUGUAGUUGUGAGGAAAUAGACGAUGACUUUUUUGAAAUAGAAGAGUUGACAUUUUCGUUGAGAAAGAACGGCUCCCACAAAAAUUUGUGGGAAAGAAAGAGUAGCAAGUAUUUUGGAGAAUCUUCUUCGCCCCGGCUUAUUUUUUCGCCCACAGAAGAGUUUAUUGUGACUUGGGGUUCCCUCGGUGAAGGUGAUGGUUUACAUAUCCUUGAUGCUAGAUGCGGCGAAACGAGGCAGAGUCUGCUUAAAAACCGCGAUGACAUUGUUGACUGCAAAUUUGCUUGUGACGACGAGUCCUUGCUUUGCUGUACUAGUGACAACUUCCUUCGAUUGUUUCAAAUAAGAACCGGUGACCUGCUCUGCAUACUCGACAUAGAGGAAAGACCGUUCAGUUUGGGGGCCUCCGCACGUGAAGAUCUUGUAGCCUUUGGUUUGUCGUCGGGUAGAUUGAAAUUUAUCCAUGUGGAGCUACCAAGAAGAAAAGAAUCAGACCGUAAAGGUAUAAAAGUAACGGAUCUAUAG